CGUGAUGAAUAAGUACGAUUAAUUAUAAACUCGCAUUUAAUCACAUUUAUAAACAACUAUAAAGCUUUUCCAUGAAUAAAAAUUAAAUAUAAAAUUCUCAAAUCUUUAAAAUUCAUUAAUCAUCACCAGAAAAAACAAUCCCUGAUUAUUUACUUUUGCUAACCUUAAGUACACAGCGCAUUACAUAACCAGCUUCAAACAAACAAAAUUUCAAAGUUGUCUUCGAAAACAAAAGACUCAUCCGGUUAAAAUUCGCAAUAUGAAUCCAAAGAGGGCUAAACUCACAGUAACUGAAUGUAAAUUUCAGUUCACAAUAGAGGAUGUUUCUAAACUAAGAGACACCGUAACAUCGCCCCCAUGUUUCAUCCAGCACUUGCCCUGGAACAUAAUCGUCAAGCCAGAGUAUGAAACGAAGACCGAAAGACGGCCUCUGGGUCUGUCUAUUAUUUGCGAGGGGAACAAUGCAAAAAAAUGGUCUUGUCUCGCUGAUGUUGAGUUCAGUUUGUAUUCCAGUAAAAAGAACCGAAAACCAUUCUCUCGACAACUCCAGCAAGUUUUUACUAGAGACAAUUGUUCUGCAGGAUUCACAAAUUUUAUAACUUGGCAUGAUUUAGUUGAUUCGAGAAAAAGUUACGUCACGAACAAUUCAAUUAUUUUUGAAGUUUGUGUGACACCAAAUGUAGUUGAUAAUGCUACUGAUGAAUUGAACAAGUCCCUGACAGAAGUAAGAUUUCGACACACAUAUAAAAAUAUUUUAAAUAUGCAAGAACCUUUUCUGCUAGGACCAUUUACUGCCUGUGAUUUAUCAUGGAAAAUAUUAGUAAAACCCCCAUCAGUUAUAUUACCAGUAGAACCCCAAGCUAUUGGAUUAUUUCUGCAAUGCAACAGUGAAGUUUAUUCAGACACAUGGAAGUGUUAUGCUAAAGCAGAACUGGGUAUAUGUUCUACAAAACAAAAAGACGAAUGCGCGAUUUUACGAUCAAUCGAACAUGAGUUUUCGGGCAACAGCAACACUUCAGGUUGGAAGAAUUUAGUUUUGUGGAAAGAUUUAUUGAAUGAAAACGAAGAUUACAUAGAAAAUGAUACCAUCACUGUCCAGGCUCAUGUUUCCCCGGCAGAGUUUGACUUGCGUGCAUACUUGAGCGUACGCGAAGGAACAUUUUGGUAUACCGUAGAAAAUAUAUCAAAAGUAACUGUCCCUCAGUCAUCACCGGCUUAUAUAAUCGGAAAUUUACCUUGGAGAAUAAGGGUAACACCAAUUAAGAACAGCGAUGGACAACUGUCCCUUGGUUACUUUUUAAAUUGCAAUGAGACAAAUAAUUCAUCUAAUUGGAGUUGUAAUGCAGAUGCUGAAUUACGCAUCCGCUCUUGUGAGGAUGACAAGAAGUCUUACGUCCGAAAAUUGUACUCUAGACUUUACGCAGCGGGCCGAGACAGCUGGGGAACUAAAUACUUUAUAGCAUGGGAAGAUCUAUUAAAUCCCAGUAAGGGGUUCAUUAAAAACGAUUGUGUCACGUUUGAAGCCUACAUCAAGAUAUUGGAUUAAACCAGUGGAAUUCUGCUUCAUCAAUUACUCUUAUGAUUAAAAUAGUGAAGAAUAUACUUCAUGAUAUUAAUUUAAUAAUAUAAAUAACAAUAAUAACAGAAGAAAAAUUUUAAUAGCUUAAGUUAUAUAUGUAUUGUUUCUUAUCUUAG